CCAUUUAUAAAGCUCCUUUAAGGAGGCAUUCAUCAAUCAUCACCAUCAAUGGCUUCCAUGGGCUCUCUGAAGAUGAUUUCGUCCCUCAAACUCUCCCGUUCAAGUUGUUCUAUCUCUCCCCUUCAAACCCAAAAGCAAGUAGGUUCAAGUCUCUUUCAAUCCUUCCCAACCAAAACUUUAAAAUUCUCAGCUACCCCUCAAGUAUCUACAUCCAGAAGAAGUACCAACAAGACCACUACCACUGCAUUCUUCUUCAAUAACCAAAAGCAGCAUCAAGAUUCCUCACAGCCAGCCAAAGUUCAAGAACUCUUUGUCUACGAGAUCAACGAACGCGACCGAGGAAGUCCUGCAUACCUUAGGCUAAGCCAGAAGCCAGUUAACUCUCUAGGAGACUUAGUGCCAUUCAGCAACAAGAUAUACUCUGGAGACUUGCAAAAGAGACUAGGGAUAACUGCAGGCUUGUGUGUGCUCAUCCAGCAUGAGCCUGAGAAAAAGGGUGAUAGAUAUGAGGCCAUUUACAGCUUCUACUUUGGAAACUAUGGCCACAUAUCAGUGCAAGGAGCCUAUCUCACAUUCCAAGACACAUAUCUGGCAGUUACAGGAGGCUCUGGAAUCUUUGAAGGUGCUUCUGGACAAGUGAAGCUUCACCAACUUGUGUUCCCUUUCAAGCUGUUCUACACCUUCUAUUUGAAGGGUGUUCCUGAUUUGCCUCCUGAACUGCUUGGGAAACCUGUUGAACCUUCACCAAGUGUUGAGCCUUCUCCUGCUGCUAUGGCUACCGAGCCUCAUGCCUGUUUGCCAAACUUCACCAACUGAUAAUGAUUAUGAUGAUGCAAUUGAGCCUUUUUUGUUUUUCAGGAAAUUUUAGUUUUGAACCCAAAAUAAAGUCUAGGUGUUGCAUAUUGACUGUAUACCAAAAUUCGCCAACUGAUGAUGAUGCAAUUGAGUCCUUUUCUUUUGCAGAAAAUUUUAUUUUGGACCCAAAAUAAAAUCUGGGUGUUGCAGAUUUACUAUAUUAUUGAAUCUUGUUUUGCUUGUGUUGGACUAGAUGUGGUAGAUGUAUUAGGUAAAAGCAUAAUUGGAGUGAGUUACAUUUGUGCUAAUGCAAAAUCAAUUUUACUUCAA